AUGGAGCACCCGUGGCGACAAGUGGGGGCAGAUUUGUUCCACAUGGAGGGACAAAAUUUUCUGCUGCGUGUGGACUACCAUUCACGCUAUCUGGAAGUCAUCACGCUACGCAACACUUCCAGCCAGGCGAUGAUUUCGGCUAUCACGAGUGUCAAGGUUCGAUUCGGCAUACCGGAAGUGCUCCGAAGUGAUAAUGGACCGCAGUUUUCGUCAUACGUGUUUGCCAGUUUUGCGAAAAACUAUGGGUUCAGUCACGUUACUAGCACUCCCGGUUACCCCCAGUCAAACGGUGCAGUAGAACGGGCAGUGCACACUGUGAAGGAUCUUUUCCGCAAGAGCAAUGACUGCUUCCUGGCACUGGUAGCUUAUCGCGACACACCAGCUGUCACGGGUUACAGCGCAUCCCAGCUGCUCAUGUGUCGGUGGUUACAAACACGCGCACCCAGGGACCCCGGCAAGCUGUCGCCAGAAAUACCGCCACCAGACAUCUUCUCGCAAAGGGACACCACCGCCAAGAAACGGCAAGCUCGGAACUUUAACCGUCGCCACGGGGUGCGAGAGUUUCGGGACCCCUCUUCAGGGGAGGAAGUGUGGGUGACGGAUGCCGAGUUCCGUGGUCAGGUCUCAGCAGAGUCCAGCGGAACUCGUACAUCGUGGAAACACCCAGGAGUGUAA